GGGGAAUCUUCUUCACAAGACAGCCAGCUCCCCCAUAUUUGCGGCUUCGCCCUGAAGCCCGUCAGGCUUUACACCCUAUGCACGGCAGCCGUGUGGCUUGCGCUGGCAGGCUCCGCCAUCCUCCAGAAGCAGGCGAACGUCAUCGCUGUGGUGUAUCUUCUCCUGCUCUUCUCUGGCCUCUACUCGGGUGGCACGGCCGAGACGAAGCCUGCAACGCUGAAGUCAGUACGCGUCUUCAACAUGCUGGUGAUGGUGGUGUGGUCACUGUAUCAAUGCCCAUCGCUUCCCUGCCCUUUCUUGAUGCAGAUCGACGACGCAGGUCCGACUGGUUUCCUUUCCCCUUGGCAGUGCCUCGCCCUCGAGCACACGCCACAGCUGUGUUCCAUCGGAACCGGCCGCGAGCGUGUGACCAGCGUGGUGCUACAAAGCGUCGGUUUGCGCAAGGAGACAGGUGGGCUUUACUUCUCUUGGCCCAACGUGUUCAACAUCGCACUGUUCUUCUGUGCAUCGCUUUUGGCCACGAUGAGCGCCCGAUGGGAGAGAGAGUUGGCGACGCAGUUCGAGGAAGAUGCGCGAGAGCUUCAGGAGCGAGCCGCUUCCUACGUCCAGUACGUGCAGCGGUGGCGCAGCCACGAGUUGCAACAGGUGGCCACGAAGCACUGGGUGCUGCGAGCCAAGCUGAACGACUUGAUGAAACACCUUGAUCGGCUGAGAGCUUUCUGGGUGGACCAGACGUCGACGCUUUCCCUUCGGACCCAAGGAACAAACAAGGCCAACUCCGAGCUGGUCGACUCCGCGAAAGAGGUGGAGACCGAAGCUUCGGAGGAGCUCCGCAGAGCUUGGCGGGUGCGGCUUUUGGACCUUUGCCUGCAGACGGGCUGCCCUCAGGAGGAGAUCGAACCGGUUUUCCGCAAGUUUGCCAAGGAAGUUGGCAUUUGUGAUGAGCUGGGCUUGGAGAAGGCGGAAGAGGCCACCAUACAAUUGUUCGAGACCUCCGUCGUUUCGCUCAUGAGGACCCGUGAGCUUCAAGUUCUGCAGCGCAUCACCGAGGAGGAGGUCCAAAACCGCGAGGCAGAGCUGCUCGAGCGGCUGCGGGAGCAUGCGCGUGGGCAGAUUGCGGUGCCAGUGCCGAACGAGGCGACAGCGAGCUCCGAAGAGGAUGCGAGUUCCCCGGGUCAGGACAGAGGGAUCGAGAAGGAGCAGCAGCCCGUCCACGCCAAAGCCGCAGUAUCCGAGAAGGAGGACCCCGAUACCGUUCCAGCGGCGGCUUCUGCGGCGCUGCCCAGUGAGGCCGUUUCUCACCCCGUUGACGCAGAGCCUCCGCCGGCUCCGCCGGUGCCGUCGCAAGCGGUGAAUACUGUGGAGCAAGCCCAGGAGCUGGUCCAGCGGACAAGGCCUCUGCUCGAGGCCGUCAUCGACGAUUUGCUCUUCUACCGGGUGGGUGAUGACACCCUACAGGCCCACCGCAAGGAGAAUACUUGGUGGGUGCUGCUGGGGAAGGCCUGCUGGUCGCAGACAUUCUGCCUGCUGGUUGCGGCUGCCAUCCUCCAGUUUGCAAGCUAUCGGUCUGUCUUGGCUUUCGGCACGAUGUUUACAAUUGUCAUCUCGCGCAUCUUUUUCCCCCACGCACCACCCAAGCUGUGGAGGUUCCUCCAAGUCUACAACAUCGUCACCAUCACGCUCAAGAUGUCU